AUGGAGGAAAACGAAGAAGGACAUGGUAGCGGCGGGCGGCGACUCUUGAUCCGACAACAGAGGAGGAAAAUGAAGAACGGAAUGGCAGCAGUGGUGGAAGAGGAGGAAGAGAAAGAGUCGUCGGUGGCAGAGGGCUCAGGCAGAUCUGGAUCUAUAUCUGCCGAAAAUGGAAGAGAUACUCAAACUUCAAGUCCAAAGUGUCGAUGA